AAUAUCUUUCAUCUAGUCAAGAUGGAUAUCCCAAUGUCUCCUGCAGUAAUAGGAAUGAAGAGAUAAUUCUUAAUAUAUUUCUAUAAACUAUAAUGCCUUGUGUGCCUACUGAACUUCAAAAUGAAAUUGAUUGUUUAUCUAACUUGGCCACCGUUUCGUGGGCCUCUGCUCCUGGAGCUGUAAAUUACACUGCAGUUGUAACUGGACCUCAGGGGGAGCAGUAUUAUUGCAAUACAGCCAAUUCAUCAUGCAGCUUUACACAACUCUCUUGUGGUCUUGUUUAUGAAGCCACAGUUGUUGCAGUGGGAAAGAUGUGUAGCAGUGACAGAAGCCCAUCCAUUGCGUUUCACACAGUUCCUUGUGUUGCAAGUGACCUACAGUGGCAGUUCCAGUGCGGUGCAGACCACGCACUAUUGUCCUGGAGUGCAGCCCUUGGUGGAAUAAAAUAUACAACUACUAUUAGAUCACAGGAUGGAGAAAAGAGUAACUGUAGCACAACAGACACACAAUGCAAAGUACAUGCUUUACAAUGUGGACAGGUCUAUACUGUGACUGUGGAUUCCUUUGGUGUUGUCUGCAGCAGCGAAUUCAUCUCUCCAGAAAUGAUUCACACAGGGCCCUGCAUCCCACAGGAUAUAGCAGGCUAUGUUGACUGCCAGGUAAACAGUGCUGUUGUGUCCUGGAGCAGUACUGCUGGAUCUGUAAAUUACACUGCACUGCUGUCCACACCAGAAGGAGAGGAACACACCUGCCAUACCACAUCUACCUCCUGUAACCUCACAGGACUGAACUGCAGUGCCAUAUACAACGUCAGUGUCACAGCCCUCAAUGACAGGUGUCAAACUGACAGCAGCCAUGAGUUCCAACUGGUUACAGCUCCCUGUGCUCCAAACGAUGUCCAUACAGAGAUAGACUGUACUACAAACUCUUUAGCUGUUUCCUGGAAUCAAGUGACUGCUACUGAGAGUUUCACUUCCUAUCUCAUUGCACCUCAUGGUGGGAACAGAACUUGUAACUCUGCACAAUCAAACUGCACAUUUCCAAGUCUCCCAUGUGGAUAUGAAUUUAUUGUUACUGUGUCAGCUACUAACAGUUGGUGUGGAGGAGCAAUGAGCCAAGCUGUGAACAUCUGGACUGCCCCCUGCAUUCCAGUGAUUGUGAACACAGCCUUGGACUGCAUUACUAACUCAGCAUUGAUAUCCUGGAGCCUCUCCCAAGGUGCAUUAAGUUAUAUGUCUUCACUGAUGGGAUCACAAGGAGAAAGAUACAACUGCAGAAGUCAGGGCACAUCAUGCUGGAUGAGAGAUGUCCCAUGUGGGGAGUCAUAUACUGUGGGGAUAUCAGCACAGAAUGACAACUGCAUCAGUAUAGAGCACACUGUCGCUGUGCUUGAGACAUGUCCUUGUGCCCCUCAAAACUUGUCUAUAUUUUAUCCCUGUGACUCUAAUGUGGUUAAACUACAGUGGAUGGCUCCCCCAGGCAGUGUCCAUUAUGAGUCCAGUGUAAUUUCAUCAGGCGGAGAGAUACAUACAUGUAACACAACUGACACAACCUGUGACAUUGGUGGACUGGAGUGUGGAGAGAUAUAUAAUGUGACUGUCACAGCCUUCAAUGAUCAGCAGAAUAACAUCAGCCUAAAGGAAGUGACAUUUCAAUCAGCUCCAUGUAUUCCUACAAAUGUGAGGGCAAAGCUACAUUGUGGAACCAGCACUGGAUCUUUAAGAUGGGAAACUGCACAAGGAAUUACAACAUAUUCUGCACUGGUGACAGGAAUAAAUGGAUGGAGUGGAAUGUGCACCUCAGACAACAUAUCCUGUGACAUCAGUGACCUUGAGUGUGGACAAGUGUACACUGUAACCAUCACAGCAUCUAACCCCCACUGCAAUAGCAUAGGUAGACCUACAGAAAUAUAUACAGCUCCUUGUGUUCCACAAAAUGUGAGAACAGUGGUUAUGUGUGGAACAAAUAUGACUGAGGUGUCGUGGGACAGGACACCAGGAGCGUUCAACUACACAGCAACAGUCAUUGGUGCCAAUGGAGAAGUAUAUUCCUGCACUACAGCAGAAACAGCAUGUAACUUUAAGGCAAUGGACUGUGGUCAGACCUACUAUGUUACAGUCGCUGCAUAUGGGGAACAGUGUAAAACUGAGAGUACAACUGUUGAAUUCCACACAGGUCCCUGUGUGCCUCAGAUAUUAAGCACAAUGCCUGAAUGUGCUGUGGACUCUAUCACACUGUCGUGGAAUGCUGUCUUGGGAGCAGAUUAUUACAUUGGAGCUUUAACGGAUAAGAAUGGAAAGACGCUGACUUGUAACACUACUGAUCAGAGCUGCAACAUCAGAGGCACAGAGUGUGGGGAAGCUUAUACUGAGACCAUAGCAGCACAUAAUGAUCAGUGUAGCAGCAAAGUCAAUUCCUCUUUCCUUCUCUAUACAGCUCCCUGUGUGCCCACUAAUCUAACCAGCUCUGUGACCUGUGAGACACAUUAUCUGAGUGUAUCAUGGGAUGAUGCCCCUGGAGCAAUUACAUACACAGUCGCAGCUCAUAGCGGACAGGAUGAGAUGUCCUUUAAAACCUCAAACACCUACUAUGAAUUUAAAGAUCUGUUAUGUGAUGAGGACUAUGAAGUCAUCAUUAGCAGUGACUCUGCAACAUGUAACAGUAUGGGGAACAGUUCUCUUCGUGUCAAAACAAUUCCUUGUGCUCCCAGUAUUUUGGCAGCCUAUACAUCAUGUGAAAAUAAUUCAGGCAUAAUACAAUGGGAUAUUAGCCGCAAUGCCAGAUCAUAUAUGGCUACAGUAGAAGGAGUACAUCUCUUGUCCUGCAACACAACUGAUACUGGCUGUGAGAUCCCCAAGUUAGAUUGUGGACAGAAUUACACAGUGACCGUUUGGGCAGAAGAUGGAAUAUGCAUUUCGCAAAAUAGUACAAAAAUGACAUUUAGAACAGUGCCAUGUGUAGUUCAGAAUGUUAUCUCCACAGUAAUAUGCCAGGAGAAUACACUCCAUGUAUCUUGGAAUGUCAGCUCUGGAGCAACUGCCUAUUUGGCUACAACUGUAGGAAGCCAGGGAGAUGUGGUUACAGCAGACACAGCAGAGCCUAACUGCCUGUUAUCCCCACUGCAGUGUGGGGAGGUUUACAGCCUGACAGUUUUGGCUAUGAAUGGUGAAUGUAACAGUUCAGAGAGUGCCACAGUGGAAGUCAUAUCUGCCCCUUGCAGCCCAAUGCAUCUUACUUCUUCCCCGGAAUGUGAUAUAAAUGGAGCAAUAGGUACCUGGGAACUUAGUGCUGGAGCAUUGUCAUAUAUUGCAGUAUUUCAUGGACCAGAUGGAGAUGUAGUCUCCUGUACGUCACCAUCUACCUCAUGUUCAGUAUCUGGAUUACACUGUGGACAAGAUUACAAUGUAACAGUCACAGCCUCUGAUGGCAGUUGUGACAGCGUAACAACAAAAGCAACAAUUGUUACAACAGUGCCGUGUGUUCCCACCAACAUUGAGGCCAGCACAGACUGCACUGCAUUGGACCUUAUAUAUGUGACAUGGUCUGCCAGCAGAGGUGCCGAGUCCUAUGUAGUGAUCGCAACAGGGACUGAUGGACACACUCUCUCAUGUAACACAACAGCUGAUACUUGUACCAUCCAAGGAGUGCACUGUGGAACAAAUUAUUCAGUCUCGGUUACAGCCUGGAACACUGGCUGCAGCAGUGAUACAGUCACCACAGUAGCUGUUGAAACAGUUCCCUGCACUCCUGAUAUGGUUGAGGUCGUGAUAGACUGUUUAACACAAGAAGCCAUGGUGUCCUGGCAAGAAAAUAGUAUCCACACAAGCAACCACACAGCAAUUGCCAGCGAUCCCUCGGGGAUGGAGCAGUCCUGCACUACUUUGUUCUCCUCUUGCCACAUUACUGGCUUGGAGUGUGGGCUGGAGUACAGUUUUCAGGUGUAUUCCUCUAACCGACAGUGCAGUUCACUAAAAAGUGUUACAUACAAAUCUAUGACAGCUCCAUGUGAGCCAAAAGAUAUUACUACCACUGCACAGUGUGAAAAUAGGGAGGCAUUCGUAACUUGGACAAUGAGCAGAGGUGCCAAAUAUUACAUUGCCACGCUGUCUGGAAAUGGGACAACCUUAACUUGUAAUACUACUGAUCCCGACUGCUCAUACUUGGGAUUGCAAUGCGGCCAAACCUACAAUGCUUCUGUAGUGGCCAUGGAUGGCAAGUGUACCAGUGUCUCCUCCAACACAAUCAUGCUUGAAACAGCUCCAUGCCAGCCCCAAGGCUUGAGCAUUGGCAUUGAUUGCAGCAGCCAAACAGCUUCUAUGUUCUGGGAAGAAAGUGAUGGCGCCCAACUGUACAGUAUACUCAUUGAAAGCAUCACUGGGACAGGAUCAUCAUACACAACAACCAAUAUCUCCUUCAGCUCUGAAGUUUUAUCUUGUGGACAGACUUAUGGUUUUUCUGUCAUGGCAGUUGGUGGAACGUGCAACAGCUCCAGAAGUCUUACCCUUUAUGAAAACUCAGCUCCCUGUACACCAAGCAAUGUCACAUACAUAAGAAACUGUUCCACUACAAUGGCUUUUGUCACAUGGUCGGCAAGUGAAGGUGCUAUCGACUAUCAUGUAACAGCCACUGAGUCUGGAGGAAUGCAGCUAUUUUGUAACAGCACCAAUAACACCUGCUGGCUAAUGGAUUUAAACUGUGGCUUGUCCUAUUUAGUUGAGGUGGUAGCUAUGGGCCAAAAAUGCAGCAGUUACUCCAGUUCUUCAGUGCUUUUGGACACAGCCCCUUGUCUUCCAAAUAAUACUGCAGUGCACAUGGACUGUGAAGCUAACUCUGCCAUCUUUUCAUGGGAGGCCAGCAGAGGGGCACUGGGCUAUCUUGCCUUGGUGAAAAAAGAGGAGGACUUUGUGUACUCCUUUGACACUGAAGAGACAAAUUGCACUGUCCUAGGUCUGAGCUGUGGUACAUCUUAUUCCUUCUCAGUGUUGGCUAAAGACCUGCUGUGCAACAGUUCCUUUACUGCUCCCAUUGUAUCUGGUCUGGUCCCUUGUCCUCCAAAUGAAGUGGAGACUUCAAUUUACUAUAGCAGUGUUAAGCAUCAUGAAAUAGAGGUAUCUUGGAAUGGGAGCCAUUGUGGCACAGACUACAUGGCAACAGUCAACGGACAAAUUGGAAAUGACCCAGAAUCCUUAUUUACUCUGAACUCUUACUGGACAUCAUACAUGGACUUUUAUAUCCCUGUGCCCUGUAGCUCAUCUUAUAAUGUUACCGUCACAGCUCAGAACUUGGCAGGAGCCAGCAUCCCAAGCACUCCCAUAGCAGGAUACACAGCUCCUUGCUCUCCUCAAGUUAAACCACUAGUAGUAAAUGAAGGAUCAAUAUUAAUUUCAUGGGAGGCAACACCAUAUACAGAGGAGUACAGAGUGGUGGAAAUAGAGACCAGUAACAUAAUAUGCACAACGCCAGGAUUGUCGUGUCAAAUCCCCUUUACAUCCAGCUCCUUUCAAGUGAUCGCUGUUAAUCCAUCAGGAGAAAGCACUCCAGCCUUCCUUUCGGGAUAUAACAGCAUAAGCUCACCAUAAUGCACGAGCCUUGUAAAACAGUUGCUGCUGCCGACCUGUAUAUUCUGCUGAUAAUACUUAUUCAUAAGCUGGCAAAUUCAUGGCAUUGUCAUAUUCACAAUAAAGGAUUUGAUGAAACUGCUUUCGGUCAUAAACAACGAUGGAAACAUUACUUUGAUAUUUUUUAUUUUCCAUUCUUAACUGUUUACCCUGAUGACUCAAAUGUACUAUUGUUUAAUAAAUGUUAUGCUCUGGC